GCCGCGGGCAGAGGGACUUGUCGUCAUCUUUCACUCGCAGAUGUGGCGUUGCGCGCGCCUACGACCUGCCUUCGCGCGGAACACACGUACCCUCAGUCAACAACAAGCUAGAAACAUCAGGAUGUCGGACAAGGGACCAAAGAUCCUCUCCGCGGAAGAGAUGAACGUGUCCGAGGCGAAGUGGAUCACGCUCAAGAAGCUGAACUGGAUGGAUGCGGAGGGUAAGAAGCGCGUCUGGGAAUGCGCAGAGCGCAGAACGCGCAAGGGGUCUGGGAUCGAUGCUGUGUCGAUAUUCGCACUGCUUCGCUCGAAGAAGAACGCCUUCCCUCUGUCUACUGUCAUUAUCGAACAGUACAGACCACCCAUCGACAAGUUUAUCAUCGAACUCCCAGCUGGUCUCAUCGACGAGAACGAGACCGCUGAGCAGGCCGCCUUGCGUGAGCUCGAGGAAGAGACUGGCUACAAGGGCGACCAUGUCACCCUGUCUUCACCCGUCAUCGUUGCCGACCCAGGCAUGACGAACGCGAACAUGAAGCUCUGCGUCGUUUCCGUCGACGUAGAGGACGACACGGUUCCUGAGCCCAAGCUCGACCCCGGCGAGUUCAUCGUCAAGCGGGUCGUCGAGUUAUCGAAACUCAUGGACGAGCUCGAGGAGUAUGACAAGAAGGGCUUCGUAGUGGACGCUAGGCUAUAUCACUUCGCAUCGGGAUUGGUCAUGGCACAGAAGAUUAAGGACGGCCUUCUGUGAGCCAACUCACCCAAAGUCGAGGAGAGAACACAAAGGACAAUGUACAUUAGGAAUUUGUGGCAAAGACUUCGCCUCUAGGAGCGGACAAGCUCCUGAUGAAUUGGGAAAAAAUCGAUUCGUCGCGAACACCCACCGCGUCCUUCACAGUGAGUAUACUUGUU